AGAUGACUAUAUACUUGAAGGUCAUUAAAACUGUUGCUUUAAAAGUUAAGGAAUCAGAUAGUAUUGGAAACGUCAAAGCUUUACUACAUGAUAAGGAGGGCAUACCGGAAUGUCUUCAGCAGCUAGUUUCAAAAGGUGUUGAGCUUAGGGACGAACAGAAAUUAGUCGAUUGCCACAUUAUCAAGAACUCCACCCUUGAUGCUUAUGUUGAAGAUUCAGUCCCAAAGAUGUUAUUGGUGAAGAGACCCUUUCCUGAAGGUACAGUUACAGUUUAUUCAAGGAUUAAUGAUACUAUCCGUGACAUCAAAUCUAGGAUUGGGGCCAAAGAGAAAAUAAACAUGGACACAUUCUCUCUUUUCCAUGAAAAUAAUUUUCUUGAAGAUGACAAAACCGUAGGUUUUUACAAUAUCGAUAGUGGAUCAACUAUUGAUAUGGUUUUCAAUCCUAUACACAAGUUGUUUAUUUCUGUGGUAAUGCCAAAACCUGAAAUUAUAAAAAUAGAAAUCUAUUUUGCCUCAACUGUUUCUGGCAUUAAAAAAAUUAUAGAGAGCAAAGUUGGCUGUUCAAUGGAUGAUAUGGAUCUGUAUUUGGGAAAUCAGCGACUGGAAGAUUCGAAGAAACUAUUAGAUCAGUGUAAUAUUGAGGUAGACACCAUCUUUCAGGUGAAGCGUAAAAAAAUACAGAUCCUUAUCAAAAAAUGGAGUGGUGAAAGCAUAAUGCUAUACGUGGACAGGUACGAGUUGGUGGAGAAUGUGAAGGUGAUGCUUGUAGAAAAGGUAGGAAUACCAGUUGAUAAGCAAAAGCUUUCGUAUCAGGGGAAACUAUUAGAUGAUUCUCGGGAUUUAGCUAGCUACAAUAUCGGAUGGCACUCAAUUGUCUACUCUGGAUGUUAUUUGCAUUAAAAGGGAGUGGCAUGUCUUUUUUUAAUUUCAUUUUAUGCUGUCUUGGAGAUUAUGGAAUAUACAAUGGACAGAGAAUUGGUAGUA